UUCAUGGAGCACAUUUCUGCCUGGUAGAGGUCAGAAUCUCUGACUGCCGGUUUGUGGUGAGAAAGAUAGUUGGCACACGUGUCUGGAGACUGUCAGGAUUCAUCCCAUCUUCUGGAAAUUCCUGCUGCAGCUGCUUUCCUUCACUUCUCCAGACAUUGACUUCUGCCCCACCUUCAGUGGUCGUAAAUAACAGCAUUACUCUUCUUACAGUGUGAGCUAACACAAUCAUUUUGUCAGUCCAUAUGGGCAGUUUUUUUUCUGUGGCAUCCACUCCCUGUUUAGAGAAAUCCUCCUGGGAUAUCAGAGUUGUAUGUUCCAUGAGAUGAGAGCACUGUUAGGCACUGAUCCAAGAGUGUAACAGAACCAGAAUCUUCUGUAUGCUUGCUCUUGAAGCUGUAUAGGACCAGAAGCUGAUUUAAGAAACAGAAAAGCUUUUAUUGCCUGUGGAAGGAGAAGCAAGAUUUAUAUGCUUUGAAAAGAUCUACUGUAGUUUUCUGCCACUUAAUGCUAACAGGAAAAACAGUCAACCAAAAAAACCCCAACUCAUCUGCUUAAGAAGACUCUGUUGUAAUGUAUCCAGUGGCUGUUCCUGCACCAGGGGGUGAAGGAAAUAAUGAACAACAUGGGAAACUUAUUUUUUUCCUUUUUGUUUGUGGAGCUGUGUUGCUAUGUGCUGGAUUCCUGCUUUCAGUCUGUAUUCUGCAGUCAUGCCCAUCUGGAACAUUCAGUGACUGUAACGAGGUCCUUAAGGCUGCUGGGCCUGUUUUGGCUGUAAGUGGACUGGUUUGUAUUUUACUGGCAAGAUCAAGGGCCAGGUUGUAUAUAAGACAAAGACAGUUGCAGAACGAACAGGUGUACAGUCUUGUUUUUUGUCGUGGGAACUGUCAGUUUGCCCAGUUUCUCAUAUUUGGAUUCCUGUUUUUAACUAGUGGAAUGCUAAUUAGCAUCUUGGGCAUUUGGGUUCCUGGCUGCAGCCCCAGCUGGCACACCAUACAGCUCAACCACACUGGCAGUUCUGAUGUGGACCUCCAGGGCUGUGGAUUCCUGUCUCUUCAAAUCAUGGGACCUUUGAUUGUGCUCACUGGGUUGUGUUUCUUCGUGAUAGCUCAUGUUAAAAAGAAACAAAACUUAAAUCUCAGCCAAGAAUCUUGUGAAAGUGAAGAACAACCUCAGAGGCCUGAACCUUUUCAGGUUACAGUAGGUGAUGCUGUAAUGAUAUUCCCACCUCCACCACCUCCUUAUUUUGCUGAUCCUGUGUCACAAACUGUAACACAUUGUCUUAUGUCAAGUGGUUUGCCUACAGGUGAAAAUCCCCCACCAUACCAUUCUAUCUUCAGUGAUGGAGCGCAGCUUGCAGUCGAUGAAAGAACAGUUGCUGUUAGAGACUAUGAAACCAUAUAUACAAUUUCUGGAAGCAGCUCACCUUCAGAUAUUUUACCAGUGCUAUACCUCUCCUCUGAACCACCUCCAAAAUAUGAAGAAAAAGCAUCCAUAACAAAUAAUGAAUAUUCUUCAUCUUCUUCGUCUAUUUCCUUAGCUCUGUCUGACACCAGCUCAUAAAGGACUGUCAGACUUAAUUUUUAAGUUGAAUUGUACAUUCAGAUUUACAAUUUUUGAAUUAAUUUACAUUUUAUAAUAAAAAAAAUAAUGUUG